AUGCCUCCCGCACAGCUGUUCACAUUUGCAGAGUUUUACUUGCUUGAGGAAGGUCUCAAGACCAAUGCGUCGCAAGGCGUGACCUACCCGGCGUGUCAUGGCAUCUGGAGUAAGUGGGCUCCGCCCCUCGAGAGAAGCCGAUUGGCUACCACAUCAUUCUGUGGCUCCUAUGCAGGUGCGGUGAUCGCGAUGCCGAUGGCGGGGAUCCUGGUGCAGUACACCGGCUGGUCAUCAGUCUUCUACGUAUACGGGUGCGUGGGGAUCUUCUGGUACAUGUUCUGGAUCCUGGUGUCGUACGAGAGCCCGGCGGAACAUCCGACCAUCACGGAGGAGGAGAGGAACUACAUCGAGGAGAGCAUCGGAGAGGGAGCUAAGCUGCUCGGACCCAUGGAGAAGUUCAAGACCCCCUGGCGUAAGUUCUUCACAUCUAUGCCGGUCUACGCCAUCAUCGUGGCAAACUUCUGCAGGAGCUGGACAUUCUACUUGCUGCUCAUCAGCCAACCGGCCUACUUUGAAGAAGUGUUCGGGUUCGAAAUCAGCAAGGUGGGCAUGCUCUCCGCGUUGCCUCACCUGGUCAUGACGAUCAUCGUUCCGAUUGGUGGACAGCUGGCCGAUUACCUGAGAACCCACAACCUCAUGAGCACAACCAACGUACGCAAGAUGAUGAACUGCGGAGGGUUCGGUAUGGAGGCUACCCUUCUCCUGGUGGUGGGCUACUCGCACAGUAAAGGCGUGGCCAUCUCGUUCCUCGUCCUCGCCGUCGGAUUCAGUGGAUUCGCAAUAUCAGGCUUCAAUGUCAAUCAUCUGGACAUUGCUCCGCGAUACGCCAGCAUCCUGAUGGGCAUAUCCAAUGGGGUGGGGACGCUCAGCGGCAUGGUCUGCCCUCUUAUAGUGGGGGCCAUGACCAAGCACAAGACGCGAGAGGAGUGGCAGUAUGUGUUCCUGAUCGCCUCAUUGGUCCACUACGGGGGCGUGAUAUUCUACGGACUCUUCGCGUCGGGCGAGCAGCAGCCAUGGGCGGAGCCAGAACUGACGAGCGAUGAGAAGGUGGGCUUCAUAGACGAGGACGAGCUCGCCAUGGAGACGGGUGACAUCACAAUGGGCUACACUGGCCGUAGCUACGGGGCAACCAAUCAGAUGCAGGGGGCGGGGCCGGCUGCAGCAGGGGGGCAGGCCAACUGGGCAGACGCAUGGGACAAGACGGAGGAGUACGUGCAGGACGGAUACAACUAA